UGUGACAAGUUUGAACCCCCUCAAAUAACAACUUCUUCACUUGUAGUUAAGAAGAACAGUCGGAGUCUUGUUUGGAUUAAUUUUUAAUUAUAAAAACUUUCAGUAUGGCCACACUUGGUGAUACCAUGUCCAGCAAACUAGACCAUCCCCUUCCCUUAUAGCUCCAGGAAAGGGCGCUGUUUUCCACUUCCGUGUACCGGACGCCGCAACCCGGCCCCGAGGAAAGUGUUUAUCUCGUGUCGUAUCCUUUUUGAACUGCAACAGCGGAACUCGUGACGUCUGUCGCUACCUCAGCUCGUAGUGAGCUCACUCGAAAACACGAUGAGUUUACAAGAGAUCUUUGAGAACAUGAAGCUGGCCCGUGAAUAUGCUUUGCUGGGAAACUACAACUCAGCUAGUGUUCUCUACCAAGGCUUGCUGGAACAGAUCAAGAAACAUGUGUACAUUACACGCGACCCUAGUCUACAACAGAGAUGGCAGAAGUUGUGGCAACAAGUUAGUGACGAGAAUAGACAGGUUCAAGACCUCCUGUCGACAUUGGAGAGCGUUCAACUGGACGCCAUGCCUGUUAAACCAAUUGAACCUGAUGAUUUUGACAUAAGACCCGUUGAACCAAGACAUUCGCCGUGUCCCGUCAGGCGGUCUACAAACCCUUACAAAGACAGUAAGCCAACCAACAACCGCCUCAGCGUGGCCGUGAAGGCCCAACAGAGGCCGACAUCUCGCGGGGCCAACGGAGACAAACACAAAGCGCCCAGGGCCAAAACAAAAGAAGCCAAGGAAGGUGGUGCUGGCAAAGCAAAGGAAAAUAAGAACAAAGGAGACGGCCAGGAAAAAGAAUUGAAAAGGUUUGAUGGUACAGGAUAUGACAAAGACCUCGUGGAAGCCCUGGAGAGAGAUAUCAUAUCUCAGAAUCCAAACAUUAAAUGGGACGACAUUGCAGACCUGGGUGACGCAAAAAAGCUCCUAAAAGAAGCGGUCGUGUUGCCAAUGUGGAUGCCAGCUUUUUUCAAAGGCAUACGGAGACCGUGGAAGGGAGUGCUCAUGGUGGGACCUCCCGGCACGGGGAAAACACUCUUAGCGAAAGCAGUUGCUACGGAAUGCAGGACUACUUUCUUCAACGUCUCCUCAUCCACGCUGACUUCAAAAUACAGAGGAGAGUCUGAGAAGUUAGUGCGCCUGCUCUUCGAGAUGGCCCGCUUUUACGCACCCACGACGAUCUUCAUCGAUGAAAUCGACUCCAUGUGCAGUCGAAGAGGAACCUCUGAGGAACACGAGGCCAGUCGGAGAGUCAAGGCUGAACUGCUGGUGCAGAUGGAUGGCGUUGGCGGGGCGUCGGAAAGCGAUGACCCAUCAAAGAUGGUGAUGGUCCUGGCUGCCACCAACUUUCCGUGGGACAUUGAUGAGGCUCUGAGGCGACGUUUGGAGAAGAGGAUCUACAUUCCUCUACCCUCAGAAAAAGGACGGGUGGAGCUGCUCCGGAUUAACCUGAAGGAGUUGGAGCUGGCCAGUGAUGUGGAUUUGGACAAGAUCGCUGAGCAGAUGGAAGGUUACUCGGGAGCUGACAUCACAAAUGUGUGCAGGGAUGCCUCCCUGAUGGCCAUGAGGCGACGAAUCGAAGGGCUCACACCAGAGGAGAUCCGCAACAUCCCCCGCGAUGAGAUGCACAUGCCCACCACAAUGGAGGACUUUGAAUCCUCCCUGAAGAAAGUUUCCAAAUCUGUGUCGGCAGCAGACCUCGAGAAGUACGAGAAGUGGAUUGAGGAGUUUGGGUCCUGUUGAAAGGUUGUUCAUAACAGAUUAUCGACCAAGUCAUGGUGAGGUAAACAAACUCACUUGUGUUCACAAGUUGGGAAGAACAAGUCCAAUAUCUUGACAAUGACUGCUGAUCCGACAACACCAAUGACGACCACACACAUCACCAAGAAAAAGAGGGGCAGUGACUCUGAGCAGAAGAUUCUCAGACGCUCCCGGAAAUCUUCCACCCAACGACACAUGGCCUGACAAGGCAGAACAGAAAAACAUUUUAAUUCAGUUCAAGUAAAUUGAUAGAUCAGGAUUUAAAUAUUGUUUCCCUGAGCGAUCUUUUACAUAACUUAAAAUUGUAAUUCCCACCAAUUACAGCUAAAACUUUAAGACACAUUAAAGGUAUUUUCGCACCGA